AUGUUAUAUCGCACCUUUAUACUUGGAGAAGCCAACGCUCGUGCUGCCAACCACCAGAUAGUUCGCGAAUGGCGGACAAUGGUUAGAGAACGCGCCGACUGGGAGGGUUAUCGUGAGCGCUCGUUAAAACGCAUUGCUGAGUUUGAGAAGUCCAAGGCUGCUCUUGAUGAGGAGAGAGCCAAGUUUGAAGCCGAUAAGAAGGCCGAAGAAUGGGGCCGCGAAGGCCUGCAAAAGAAACUUCAUAAUGUUGAAGAGCAACUGGCCAAAGAGAAGGCCGAGUUUAAACGUAUUUGUGCCCAAGACAACGAGCGCGCCUACGCGGCUCGACAGAAGAUUGUUGAUCUUGAGGCUAAAGUUGCUGAUUUGACAUCGAAUCUAGAGGAGGCGCAGGGAGAGAAGGCUGCCAAGCAACAGGUGGAGGUUGAGUUGUCUGAGGCCAAGGUGCAGCUGUCUAGCAAGGACAGAGAUCUCCGCGCCAAGGACGUUGAGAUUGCGGAGCUCAAACGUCGCUUGAACGAGCAAAUCGACAGAUGUGAGUCGUUGGAGAUCGACCUGGAGGCCGAGAGGGUUAAGGCUGCUACAGCUGAGGAGGCGCGUGCUGUCAGUACUGCCGCGCUUAACGUGGCUCAAACCAACUACUCCGAGGCCCAAGGAAUCGUUGAUACGCUUGUCUCGGAGGCUGAAUGGAUGCGCACUCGUGGAGUAGCGCUUGUUGCCAACUCCAUCUUAAAUGCUGGCGAGCUUGAUCGCGCCGUUGCUGCUCUCACAGAUGCGGCGCGUGCGGUGGGUCAUCGAGGAGGUUACUUGGAAUGUGCCAGUCACGUUGAGCAGAUACUAGGGCAAGAAUUUGAUGUAAGCCAUUGCUCGGUGACUGAUCGUGCUGAUGCUGCGCUUGCACAAGCUGAAAACUCGUAUGACAACCUUAGCUUGCCUAUCAUGGAUCUGGUUGUGGAAUCUUUGAAAAAAGACGACUGGUGCCAGCGUCUUAAAGCAUUCCUCGACCCACCAGUUACCGUCGAACUAUCCGAUGAAGACCCAGCUGGUGAUGACGGUGGAGAUGGAGAUGAUGAUGGCGACGAUGACGAUGGUGAGGAUGCCGGAGAUGAUGAUGGUGAUCGACGCGAUGAAUAG